UAUCCAAUUUUGGUACAUUCACAACUUGCUCGCAAGAUACUUGGAGUACAUGAAAUAUGGGAUCGGUAUGAGAAGUUUACUUUGAUCCUUAAACAAGCCGUAACAGAACUACGCUCUUCGCCAAAUCGAAACAAGGAGUGUCUUUUAUCAGUAUUCCUAGACAAUAGGGAUUAUCCUGUUUCAGAGAACGAUAUUAACCGAAUUGCAUUUGAGAUCAUGGCAGCAGGUGUUGAUACAACAACAUUGACCCUGGUUUGGUGCUGUUACACUCUAGCCACGGGAAAACUAAAGCUAAAACCAGGGGAAUCCUUUACAGAAAAUGAUCUCGAAGUGGUGCAUCGGUUAGCUAGUGUAGUUCCCAUGGCUCUGCCACAUUAUGCACGGUUUGACAGUUACUUAGGAGGCUACCUCGUCCCUGAAGGAAGUCUUGUGUUCUAUAAUAUUUACUCCGUUCACCAAACUCAGCUAAGAUCUUUAGCUGAGAAGAACCCUAACGCUGUGUGCCCAUUCGCUAAACAAGAUAAUCAGAUACCAAAAGUUUAUUGCUCUGGAUCUUCAAUGCCGUUUUCGGUUGUUUGCAUAUUACGAUAUAUGUUUUUUUCCAUAGGUUCAAGAGCCUGUCCUGGAUUUAUGCUGGCAACGAGAGUAAUCCUCCGAAUUAUAACAAGGAUCACUGAAGAGUUUGAGAUUUUCGAGGGGGAAAAUCAAGUCGAUCUUACAAAUCUGAACGGAUUAACAAGACCUCCAGUUACAGAGAGUUAUCAGUUUGUCACGAAAAAUAAAAUUACGAUAAAAAGGUGUAAUGUAUCGAAUUAA